AAAACUUCAGUGCUGCCAAAUUAAUAACAAAAAUUAAAUGUUUUGCUCCAAGUUUUGCACAAAAAAAUUUCAAGAAAAACUUUCAAUUAAUUUAGUAUCAAUGUUAAAUAAAAUAUCUAGUUCUUCUAUGAACCUCAAACAAUUUUUAGUCCGACAGCAAGUAAUAACACUCUACAGGAAUAUUUUAAGGACUAUCAGAAAAAUACCUGCAAAAGAAGACCAAAAUUAUUUUCUUGACUGGGCCAGAUCCGAGUUCAAAGCUAAUAAAAGUAUAACUGAUGAGUUUGCAAUAAAGUCUCUGAUAGUCCACGGAGAAAAUUCGAUGAAGGAGCUGGAAAAAAAUUUAAACUAUUCGAAAGCACGUAAUAAUCAAAGCGAUUGAAUUUCGUGCGCUUUUUUGUCUGACUAUCGACCUGAGAGUGCUUUGAACAAGAGAUUCGAUUAUGUAUUGA